UAUUCCUGGUAACUAAUUUAAAACGGGAAGACUCUGUUGGUGACUCAGCCAUUUCUCAGAAGAGUGUUCGAAAAAUCCUCAAUUUUAGACAAUUGCCAACGGCUUAGAUCGUCAUAAUGGUAAAAGAAACAAAGCUUUAUGACAUAUUGGGAGUAAACCCAGAAGCAUCGGCUUCAGAGAUAAAGAAAUCAUAUAGAAAGUUGGCAUUAAAGUAUCAUCCUGACAAAAAUCCCACUGAAGGCGAAAAGUUCAAGCAAAUCUCCAUGGCUUAUGAAGUUCUAUCUGAUGAGAAGAAAAGAGAAAUCUAUGAUCAAGGUGGAGAGGAGGCUCUGAAAGGAGGUGGUGAUGGGGGUGGCUUCCAUUCUCCCAUGGAUAUCUUUGAUAUGUUCUUUGGUACUGGAAGAUCUAGACGGCAAGGUGAACAAAGAGGGAAAGAUAUGGUCCAUCAACUGAAGGUGUCAUUAGAAGACAUGUACAAUGGUGCCACCAGGCAGCUGGCACUACAGAAAAAUGUCAUCUGUUCAAAGUGUGAGGGAAGAGGAGGCAAAAAGAAAAAGAUCGCUGUAAAACCUGUCAAGGCAAGAAAGUUGUACGGGAGAGAAAAAUUCUUGAAGUUCACAUUGACCGUGGCAUGAGAGAUGGCCAGAGGAUCACUUUCCAUGGAGAAGGGGAUCAAGAGCCUAACGUAAAACCAGGGGAUAUUAUUAUCGUUUUAGAUGAAUCACCCCAUUCUAUAUUUAAAAGAGAUGGUAUGGAUUUAUACAUGACAAUGGAAAUUGAGCUAGUUGAAGCUUUGUGUGGAUUCAAACGAACAAUAAAAACACUAGAUAAGGACACACAUUAUCUUGUCAUCAAAACAGAACCAGGAGAAGUCAUACAACCAGGUGAUGUCAAAUGCAUCAUGAAUGCUGGUAUGCCUUCACCUCGCCGACAGUUUGACAAAGGAUCUCUCAUUAUUAAGUUUGAUAUAAAAUUCCCAGAAACCAUAAAACCACAAAAAAUUACAGCUUUGGAGAAACUACUGCCUCCAAGAACAGAAAUGAUUAUACCAGAUCAAGCUGAAGAAGUUGUCCUUAAAAAAAUUGACCCAGAAGAAAUGAAAAGAGAGAGAAGGCAGUAUUAUGGAAAUGCUUAUGAUGAAGAUGAAGACGAUGGCAGGCAACAUGGUGUUCAAUGUCAAACACAGUAGACUGUGCUUUUAUUUACAUCUAUUUUUUAAAAGAAGACGAAUUAAUGUCGUAUUACCAUUGACAUUCUGUACCKAAAGUCGUUAUUCUCUCCCAACCAUUGCUGAACCAAUUCUUUAUGGCUGAAACUGAAUUCUGUGACAAACCUAUUGUACUUAAGUCACACUCAAUCAAGCUAAUUGUUGUUGCUGUUAUUUACUAUGUAACGUGAGGGCAUUAAAUUUUAUAAACAGCUGUAUUUGGCAACUGUGUUAAUGUCCUCGCUCUAUCUCUUCACUCCACUAUAGUGUCUAUGUUAUAUGUGCAAACAAUCUACUAAAUUAUGUAAGAGUAAUUCUUCAACUUGAAUUCUUCAAUAAAUCGUAAUAGCUACCAA